AUGCAUAAGAAUAUUAGGGUUUAGCUUUAGUUUUUUUCCCUAUAUAUAUAGAAUAAGAGAUAACCCUAGUUUCACAUAUUAAAAAAAAAUGUUCACAUUUUCUCUAAAAUUCUUUUCUUUCAUCUGUUAACUCUCCACUAUCUAAAAAGAUUUCUACUUCAAAAGCAAAGAAUCAAGGGACAAGGACAACCAAUCAGAAAACAUGUUGCUAAGAAGCUCUUCAACACCAAUUCUUGGUUCUCUGAUAUCUUCUUUCACAGACAGUCCUAAUCAUACUCAUAGUCUUCACCUUGAAUCCUGUCAUAUGCUUAAUCAUCUACCACCACCAACCACUCACAGACUCUCAUGCAGUUCUUCUCCAAUUUCCCCCUCCAUUGCUGAUCUUGAAAGGCAAAACAAAGGAUUGAUUAGAAGGGUUCAAUCUGAGGGAAACUUGGAGGAUUUAGCCUAUGCUACUUGCAAUAAUGAAGAGAGAUACAAUCAUAUGGAUCCUUCUAAGAGGUAUUCAGGGAAGCAAAGAGGCUUGCCACUUGAGACAAUUCCAUCUUUCUCUCUUUCUAAACAAACAGGCUUGCGGGAAGAAGAGGAAGAUGAAGAAUCUGAUAUGGAAGAGGAAGGGUAUGAUGAGUUUAGUGUGAUGAGUAGGAUGAUGGUGAGUGAAGAAGUGGAGGAUAGAGUUUGCAGGGUGAGUUUUGGUGAUGAGGGAGAGGUUGGUAAUAGAGAAAUGUAUCUUGCAAAGGGGCUUGGUAUUGAUAGUUGUGGUGGUGGUGAUGGCAUAGGUGGUGGCUGCAGAGGAGGAGGAGGCAAUGGAGGUGGUGAUUAUAAUUCUAUGGAUUCUGACAGAAAUGAUGGUGAUAAUAAUAAUCAUGGGGUGGAAGAAUAUUACAAGAAAAUGGUGCAGCAAAAUCCUGGGAAUCCAUUGUUCCUGAGGAAUUAUGCUCAAUACUUGUAUCAGUGCAAACAAGACCUUGAAGGAGCAGAGGAGUAUUAUUCCAGAGCCAUAUUAGCAGAUCCAAAUGAUGGAGAAGUUUUAUCACAGUAUGGGAAGCUAAUUUGGGAGCUACACCAUGACGAAGAAAGAGCUUCAAGCUAUUUUGAACGAGCAGUACAAGCCUCUCCUCUAGACAGCCAUGUACAAGCAGCAUAUGCAAGUUUCCUUUGGGACACAGAGGAAGAUGAGGGCACAGGUUACAAUGACUCACAAUGUUUCCCUCAACAAUUUCAUUUUGGAGAAAUGGCCACUACCGGUGCUUAGAAGAGAUAUGAUACAAUGAAUUGAUGAAGAAGCUUUUGUUGAGAGAAAUAAGCACACUGUAUUCUAUAAUAACUGAAACAACAAAUUGAUGUGUAGCUUUGUGUUUCUUCAGCAUAGUAUGUACAGUUCUUUAGAGAUUUUUCAGAUUUGUAUGCAGACCGUUUAAUCAAUUGAAUUCCAGAUUUGGGAACUGAUUCUAAUA